CCGGUCAGUGUUUUGUCAGAUACAGCUGUGUGGUGCAAAGCUCACUGGAGCGGCGGUGAAGAGGCCGGUUCAACUGUGUAUCCUCAUACAAAGUAGCAUGCUGUACAGAUUUCUGGACACUAACUAACUCAUACUGGGACUACCAAGGUUAGUCGACACGAAAAAAUAAAGACAACCAAAACAAUUUGAUGACAAAGCUGACUGACAGGAGAUGUGUGCUGCUGUGUAUGUCCUGUCAACAGUAACGGGCUACGUGCUCACCUCUGCCCUGCUGCUGAAAUGUCCGUAUCUUUUGCACCGGAGGAAGCGAGAGACUUUUCUCAGCAGGCACAUUUCCCAUCGUGGAGGAGCAGGUGAAAACCUGGAAAACACCAUGGCAGCUUUUAAGCACGCUGUGGAUCUUGGCACAGACAUGCUGGAGUUGGACUGCCACCUGACGAAAGAUGAACAGGUAGUGGUUUCACAUGACGCCAACUUGCAGAGGUCCACUGGCAUCAACGCCUACAUCUCCGACAUGGCCUACACUGAGCUCCCUCCGUACCUCUGCAAGCUGGGUGUAACUUUUCAGAGGGAGUGUUUCUGCGAGGGGGGAGAGGACAACCGCAUCCCUCUCCUCAGGGACAUUUUUGAUGCAUUUCCUAAUACCCCUGUCAACAUUGACAUCAAGGUCAACAACGACACACUCAUCAAGAAGGUCUCUGAGCUGGUCGUUAAGUACGACAGAGAGCAUCUGACUGUCUGGGGCAACGCCAGAAACCAGAUUGUAAAGAAGUGUUACAAAGAGAACCCUCGUAUUCCUGUGUUGUUCAGCCUCCCCAGAGUGUUGCAGCUGUUAGGCCUCUUCUACACCGGCCUUCUGCCCUUUGUUCCCCUCAAGGAGCAGUUUCUGGAGAUCCCCAUGCCCUCUAUUAUCACCAAACUUAAGGAUCCUAACAAAUUAACAAGGAGUCAGCGAUUCAUCACCUGGCUGGCAGACACUUUGCUGAUGAGGAAAGCUCUGUUUGAGCAUCUAACAGCCAGGGGAAUACAGGUGUACGUUUGGGUGCUGAACGACGAGGAGGACUUCCAGAGGGCGUUUGACUUGGGAGCCACAGGAGUUAUGACAGAUUUUCCCACCAGGCUUAAAGACUUCAUGGACAGGAAUGGCAUUUCUAAGCCCCAGUGACCUGUCAAAAUCUACCUCACUGCUUAUCCUUCAACCUGACUGACCUGCCAAACCAGGCCCCCCCGCACGCACCCACUUUGACUAAUUCCAGCAGGUCUACUCUCGCACUGUGUUUUACAGUCGAUAGGGAUCUCUGUCAUGUUCUCCAUCCGCCGCUGGUUUGGAACCAGUUGUUCUGGUAACACAAACCUUCUGUAUUUUCAAUCACAUAAAAUACUCUUAAAGGACACACACACACACACACACACAAAUAUAUAUAUAGUUGUGUUCUUUGCAGGUUCUUUGUUCCUUCGCUGCAUACCUUACUACACACUAGCGUGCACGCACACACACACACACACACACACAACUGUGAGAUUUCUAUCAGUAUCACACAGCUAUUUAAAAGCACACAAUCGUAAGUAAAAGUAUAAUCUAUUAAAUGGGACAAAAUGGGUAUUGAAAUAUAAUGUUUGCAAGUCUUAUGAUCUUGAAUUUCAUAAUAGGUUCAUGGCUUUUGACUUAAAAAUAAUUUAAAUUUGUUUCAUUAUUUUAGCUUUCAAGUAAAUGACAUUCUGCAUUAUGGUUCAAGUAUUGUGCUAGUAAAAACACCAGCAGAUGCAGUUUGAGGUUGUAAUGUCAUGUUAAUUUAUUGGCAGCUUUACAAUGUUUCGAGGUCUGAUUUAUUUCUUUUUUACAAUCUGACUGUCUGACUUAGCACAUGCAAUAAUACACUAAUCUAAGCAAUUGUGAGAUAUUUCUAUAUGGGCCAGAUGCAAAACCACUGUUUUUAUACGUUGUUAUUUUUAAAGACAAUGGUUUGUAUGUUGCACAGCUGUGUUGUAUGUUUAUGUGUAGUUGCUUAUUCUCUAGAUUUUUCUGUGAAUCAUUGAUUGAAGUUAAAUGCCUGAGGCAUUGUUUGUCUAUUAAUUAACCUGAGAGAGAAAUUUUGAACAAAAUAAGGAAUGAGUCGUACCGUUUCUCACCUGUGAUGAUGUGAUCGUAAAACAGCGUUGAACUUGAUAUUUAAGAAACAUGAACCUUUUUAAUGUGUGGGCUUUAAAGUGUAUUGGCAAGCACUGAUACAUGUUGAAAUUGAAAUGUAUAAAGACAGCAGUUUUCUAGUAAUUCCUCGCUGUGUGUGUCACAGUUUGAAAGUGUAAAGAUCAUUUGGAUUAUCAUUCCACUGACGUUCUCUAAUCCAAACCUGUGACCACACAGUGAGGGUCGGUAAUGAAUGUAGUAUGGGUUGAAUGUAUUGUAUGUUUUCCGGUAUUUUAGAGUCGAAACAGUAUUGCUGUUUUAUUGUCUGUAAUUUGUUGUCGGGCAUUUUGUAUUAGCACUGUCACUGAAUGGUUUUCAUGCAUGAAAUCUGCACAGGUGUUAGUUUGAUGACUCAUAUUUUACAUUGUUUUGAGAACACCUGUACAUCCAAAAUCAUUAUUCUUUGAGAGAAAGGUUUGUGAUCUACCAAUCAUAUUACAGAUCUCACAUUAAUGCGUAUACUUUUGAUUACAUUAACUGUGGUGUACUGAGUGUACAUUUGUUUUUGCAUGCCUAAAUGAAUAUUUGUAAAGCUGUUGUGUUUGAAUCUGUUGUGACCUGGACAGAACCAGUUUGUGGGACCUGGUUGCUUAGGCCUAUCAAAAUGCCUUAUCCCACAUGAAGUAUGUAAUUUGAUUUGCUGAGAGAUGAUUGAAAAAGUAUUUUUUUUUAAUCAAUACCAAUAACCAUUUCUGACAUAAAAUAUUGUUAUAA